GCGCGGAGUCACGGAGUAGGGGCUCCUGAAGCCAGCUCUGCGGGGCUGUGCUGGUGUCCCCGGACGCAGACCAUGGACAGCGCGCUAGCGGUGCUCCGGCCGCCUCCUCAUGAUCCGGGGACGCCGGCGCUGUCGGUGGUGGACAUGCAUACGGGCGGCGAGCCCCUGCGCAUCGUGCUGGCGGGGUGUCCGGAGGUGGUCGGGCCGACCCUGCUGGCCAAGCGGCGCUACAUGCGCCAGCACCUUGACCACGUGCGGCGACGGCUCAUAUUCGAGCCCCGAGGGCACCGGGACAUGUACGGAGCAGUCCUAGUGCAGAGUGAGCUGCCAGACGCGCACCUGGGCGUCCUGUUCCUGCAUAACGAGGGCUACAGCUCCAUGUGCGGCCACGCUGUGCUGGCGCUGGGCCGCUUCGCCCUGGACUUCGGAUUGGUGCCGGUGCCGCUUGCGGGCAGCCGCGAGGCCCGCGUCAACAUUCACUGCCCGUGCGGGCUGGUGGCCGCCUUCGUGGCGUGUGAGGACGGCCGCAGUCGCGGCCCGGUGCGCUUCCACAGCGUCCCAGCCUUCGUGCUGGCAACAGGUAACGGGCGGGACCCUUCCAGCCUAGGGCAGAGCUGCAACCGGGACGCCAACUUAACCACGUUAACGGUCUCUCUGGGCUUGAAGUCUCGCAACUAACCCACCCCGCGUGCCCGUGCAAUUAACAAAAAGAUCUCAUGGUGGAUGUUCCUGGACAUGGAAAGGUGGUGGUGGACAUCGCAUAUGGUGGUGCAUUUUAUGCAUUUGUGAGUGCUGAAAAGUUAGGACUAGACAUUUGUUCUGCAAAGACCAGGGACGUUGUGGAUGCAGCAAGUGCAGUGACAGAGGCAGUAAAAGCUCAGUUUAAAAUUAAUCAUCCUGAUAGUGAAGACCUUGCCUUUUUAUAUGGAACUAUAUUAACAGAUGGAAAAGAUGCUUAUACCAAGGAACCAACCACCAACAUUUGUGUUUUUGCAGAUGAACAGGUUGACAGAAGUCCCACUGGCUCAGGAGUGACAGCCCGAAUUGCCUUACAGUAUCACAAAGGGCUUCUAGAACUGAACCAGACCAGAGCCUUUAAAAGCAGUACAACUGCCUCAGUAUUCACAGGGAAAGCUGUGAGGGAAGCGAAAUGUGGUGAUUUUAAAGCUGUUAUAGUGGAAGUAUCAGGACAAGCCCAUUACACAGGUACAGCAAGCCUUACAGUAGAAGAUGACGACCCACUGAAGGAUGGAUUUCUUCUCAAGUGACUUCUUCCAUGAUUGUAAGGGCUUUCUUCUUAAAGUAAUCAUUAUCCAUAAGUAAUUUUUUCUCUAAAUUAUGUGGAAACCAAUAUUCAAAUUAUACAUAUAAGCUAACUUCCAUUUUUCUAAAAUACUACACUGUGGCUAAAUAUAAAGUCAUUAUACCUCAUAUUUGCAACUGUAUUUUGGUAUAAAUAUCACUUAUGUCUAGCAUACAAAAUGACAGAAAUUUAGAGUCUUUUUCUAGUGAUUAACAUAUCAGGUAAAAUUAAAACAGUUGUUACUUUUAAAAUACUGCUUUAUAGUAAUUACUACUAAUAUCAUAUUUGUUUUAAAGGCUCUUUGAAUAAUAUGUGAAAUUCAGCAAUGAACUUUCCACGCUUAUUAUUUUUCUCUUCCAUUUUUUGAGUAAAAUCCCUCUCUGUAAGCAGCAUAUAAAUGAGAUGGAUUAUUAUAAAGUACUCAAUACUUUGCAUAAUAGCCUGGGAAAGGUCGAGUUGGAGUCAGCUUAUUUGUUAUAGCUGCUGCUAGGGUGUUCUCUGUGGCGCAAAGCUCAGCUUCUACACCCACAGGUACUGAAGUAUCAGAGAUUGAUGCUAAGAAGACCAAUUAGUAAUCAGACUUUUGCUAUAUCUUCAGGGCUUUUAUAAAAGGGGUUCCUUAUUGCAUUAUUAAAAUACAGGAAUACAGUAGAAAUUAAUCAGUGAAUCUGUACAAUGGAAUGAGUCUCAUACUCUAGCAACUGCAUGCCAGGUAGAUUUAAAACAUGAAAUAAAUGUUUACUACUGGCAUUCCUGCUAGUUAAUACUUAUCUAUGAGCCUGUUAAAAAUAGGUGAAGCAUUAAAAUAUUCCAAGAUGUGA